CGCGACUUCAUAUACGACAUAGGCACACAUGACUCGCUCGACAAACAGUGGCAAACUGAGCUGAAAAACAUAAACGUAUCAUGCACAAUCAGUCGCGGCUGGUACGCGGCGUCGGUGUCGGCUGUGGGUUUGUGCUCUCGCUCACUGGAGCAACUUAACUUGGCCGGUAACAACAGUCAACCGCGAAACACGCUGGUGCAUCGCGACACGCCGUCAUGUCCCAUAGAAUUUAUUUGUGAUCACAACAACAAGUUAAAAACGAAUUGGAAUCAAUCCUAAUUCAAGGUGGUAGAAGCAAGUGCUCAUUUGCAUAUAGGCAUUGUGUACGUCCUCUAAAAAGUGCUCGUUUCGAUAUUUGCGUUUCGAUUCAAAUGUUUUAUCACCGCCGUAAAAUCGUUUGUUUGUGCCCGCGCGCGCGCGUUUGUUCUCCGAUGACGUAAUUUUUAAACAUUGCUAUCUCUCCAUUUCUUCCCGUCGUCUGCAUAAUUAUUAUCGUACAUGUUUAACCUUUUGCUUUCGGGUGAAUUCAUAUUUCACAUUCAUACCCAGUCGCGAUCGUUGUGCGAAAUAAAAAUGACGAAAUUUAAUUCCGAUAGCCAAACCUGAUGGAAACGAGUUAAUGUGAUAAUGUGAAAUAAUGUCCAUUGUAAACACGAACAAUGGUGCUACCCGAACGGAGAAAAUUAUGAAGGAAAAGGAUUAUAUUAAACAAUUAUACAAGGAAGCGGCCGAUCGGUUUACGGACACAAGCUGGAAAAUUCAUCGACAAUGGCAGAAAUCGAACAGUUUGCCGGGCUCGACAAUUAGCGAACGAACGAUUACGAAUUCCGAGAUAAAUCGCAAUGACCCUCCAGUGGGCGGUGCGAAUAACAAUAACGAUGUGUAUGCGACGAUCAAAACCAACGCGACUAACAGCACGAAUGCCACCAGCACGACCAUGCGCCGCAAGGUGGUGGAAAUACAAACCGUGCAAACUACAUUGGAGCGCAAAAAGCCCCCAUGUAAUGGAGACAUUAUUUUGCACACACAUGAAGAAGCAAAAAAUGGGAAUCGAAAUAACAAGACGCAGGUGAUAACAUCUAAUUACCAACAACAGAAUGUAUUCACGGAUGCCUUAACGUCGCAGCCCCGUCGAAAAAAAUCUUCUAGCAACAAAGGAGGCGGCGGAGACGGGAUGGAUCUUAGCUACGUGACGGAGCGCAUUAUCGCGCUGUGGUUUCCAGCGACGUGUAGUGCGCAGGUAUUCCGGCGGGGACAUCGUCAAGCAUCCCACAUGCUAAUCAACAAACACGGUGAUAACUACAAAGUGUUCAACUUGUCUGAGCCGAGGGCCGCUCUACUUAACGAACAUAAGCAUGUCGAAGAAGUUGGGUGGUCAGCGCGUCUAGCACCACCGUUGGAACGUCUCUGUAGCGUGUGUAAACAGAUCGAUUCCUGGUUGUCUACGGACCAACAUCGAAUCGCCGUAAUACACGCCCGGGGAGGCAAAGAUAAAUUGGGUGUAGUGGUAGCUUCAUAUAUGCACUAUUCAAACAUUUGCGGGAGCGCAGAUCAGGCCCUUGACCGUUUCUCUAUGCGAAAAUUCCUCGACGACAACAUUGGUCCGUUGUAUUUGCCAUCAAACAAGAGAUACGUUGCAUAUUUUGCUGGCCUUCUCUCGCACAGCAUAAAAAUCAAUUCGGCACCUUUGUAUUUAACUCAUGUCACCGUACUAGGUGCCCCUGCCUACCAAAAUAACGGAUGCAGAGCUUUCUUAAAACUUUAUGAGGGACAAACACCAAUUUACACUUCUGGCAUCUAUUCAGUAUCAAGCGGUGUAUCGCAAUUUACCGUAAACGUUGCUGGCGAACGUCGUCGAGGACUGCAACUCCGAGGCGACAUUCUAAUAAAGUGUUAUCAUCACGCGGAGUUCGAUAGAGAGACUAUUUUUGCUUGUCAGUUUCAUACGUGUGCCGUCUCCGAUAAUACACUUAGCUUUACCAGACAGGACUUAGAUGGUGCUUCAAAUGAUCCUCGAUUUCCUAUUGACGGUGCAAUCGAAUUACACUUUAGUCCUGGCCCUGAAAGUCGUCAUCCUGGCCCUGCGCCCACUCCAGCGGUGCCUGUAACCAUGAACGAUGAUAGGAUAACUCGCGCAGAUAGUCCUUUCGAAGGAGAUGAAUCUGAGGAAGAUGAAGAUACUGAUUCAGAUGAUGUAAAUCAUACUUUCGGUCCCUUGGACGGUAGCAUUUAUGCUACAAUAGCGAAGAAACAAGAAUUGUCCCCAGGUGCGGUGUCCAGUCCUUUAACCGUAUCGAUGGACUCCGGAAUAUCGUCAGCAGGACAUCAACAGCAUGCAAACACCAACGCCUCCACUAGUCCCCCACUAACCGGUCAACCGUCCCCCCUUUCACCAGAGGACCAACAUCGCGAGUUGGACGAGUUGCUCUCGGACAUGAUGCUGACAGUGCAAAAUAUUCCCGAUCUUAAACCUCAGCCGAUUCCGACGGAGAACACGAACGAUUUGGAAAAUGUUCGAUACAUAGACGAGGAGGAAGACAAAAACAUACCAUACCACGCGAGGCAGGACAGUAGACCGUUCAGUUACGGUGUCAACAACACCAUGAUCGGGGACACCAAAAAACUCUCCAGCCCGAGCUUAGUCCGGAAGGCAAGCUUUAACAAAAGUCAAGGCAACACCCUCAACAAAGUGCAAACACAAGUUUAUCCUCAAUACGGUUCGAACACGUUUAAUAAUAAUAACAAUAGUCAGAAAAGCGGAUACAACACCUACAACGGUAGUGGGGGAGAUGCGAUUGAUAACAUCUUUACCAGCAAAGCUUUAGCAGCGAAUUACCGCCAGGAGCCGCAAGUGAAGCAAAGCCUGAGAGAGGAGUUCUAUUCAGUAAGGACUAAGGAACCAGUUAAGAAGAGUUAUACAGAUUCAACGCUCCGAACAAAUGGCGACAACGUAUCCAGUCUUAAGAGUACUCAUUAUUCUAAUUCCGAGAGCUGGUCAUCACCAAGUGCAUUUCGGACUUCUGGCAAAUUCAGCGACAGCCAACAAUGCGAAACGUAUUCUACAAACAGCAGUAACCUGACCUGGUUGCAGAAGCAACAGAUGAAGCUCAAGGAACGUCGUGAAAUGCAACGAAAAGAGGAGCGCCAACCAUAUCAACACAGUUUGAUGACGGAACUCCGCAGCGUUCAAAAUAGGCAUCUGAGACAAUCCGCCAGCCACCGACAGGAUGGAUACACAAGCGACACGACCGCCUUCGCCGAUGACGAUGAGGAUUUCACGAUACCCUUGCAUAUAAAUACAAAGCAGUCAGCGAUGUCGCCAAGUUCUACUUCUAGCUACUCAACGAAGAGCAACUACACCAACGGACGGACUGAGCGGCCAUUUGUUGCCCUCAGAAAGGAAUACGCUAAAAGCACUUCGUCGUCGUCGCCCGAGAACGCGCUAGCGGCUCAUCCUUUGGGACAUGUCGUCCGAGCUCCGUCAAGGAGCGGUGACGUCAGUGCGCGUCAAGACGCUAGCGGGUUGUUGUCUUUGGCCAACCAGGCCGCCAAUAAAGAUGGCAAUAACAUAACUAACCCGGUGGGUAUUGUGCAUGUACCACGCGCAAACGACGAAAUUCAUCCGCGAAUUGCUGUCCUAUCCGACUUAAUGGCAAACUUGUCCAACGGAGCAAAUAACUUGUAUAACGGUUCAACCAAUAACUCCUCGUCUGCAUGGCAGUACCAAGAUGAUUAUUCAACAUGGAGAUCAACAGAGGUGGAUUCAAGUUCACCACAUAGCGUUUCUUCGCGGCCUCAAACCCCCGCGUUCCCAGUGGCCCGCACGCCAUACGCAAAUAGCUCUACACCUACUGUACAAUUUGACUUACCCGGCGAGCGUUUACCUCCCAAGAGUCCAACGACCGUGAGACGUGUUGCUUCAACAAACAAUAAGAAGUGGUCGGAUUCGAAUGCGAGAAAGGACCAUCCAAUUUUGCACUCACCAUCAGACUUCACCAAUGACAAAGAUUUCUUCCAUUCAACCGCACGCAAUUUCUCUGAUAGUUACAGCCCGAAAAGUCAAAACGGCUCUUCGUCACCUUCGAUAUAUCAAGGAACGUCUCGACGUGGUUCGAUUUCGUCUAAUGAACCCACCCAAGAAGUAUCACCAAUUCACGUUAAGUUUGUCAGCGAUUCAUCCAAGUUUUGGUAUAAACCUACGAUUACUCGAGAUGAAGCGAUUAACAUGUUACGUGACAAGCCACCUGGCACCUUUGUUGUGCGCAACUCGAAUACUUUUGCAGGCGGAUUUGGCAUGGCAUUAAAAGUUGCAAUGGCGCCAGCGGCCGCAGCAAAUAAAGAGGAACUCGUCCGACAUUUUCUAAUUGAGCCAACGUCACGCGGUGUUCGAAUAAAGGGCUGCCCGAAUGAACCGGUAUUUACAUCGCUGUCCGCAUUGGUUUAUCAACAUUCGAUUACGCAAAUUGCGUUGCCAUGUCGUCUACUAUUGCCAGAAAACGACAUUGCUCCCGUGGACGCCAUAUCAACUCAAACGCAAAUGCUUCUUGUGCAAGGUGCAGCAUGCAAUGUCUACUAUCUGCUGUCCAUCGAUAUGGAAUCUUUGACGGGCCCGCAAGCAGUGCGGAAAGCUGUUUUUAAUUUGCUGAAGAUGAAAAAACCUGAAGCGAAGAUCGUGCACUUUAAAGUUAAUAAGCAGGGCAUUACAUUAACGGAUAACAAACGCGAGCUUUUCUUUAGAAAGCACUACCCUAUCAAUUCAAUCUCGCACUGUGGUUUGGACCCCGAUGACAAUCGAUGGAAUGCCACCACUGUAGACACACAACAUCCUUCGAGGAAAAUAUUCGGUUUUGUUGCACGAAAACCAACAAGCAAUUCCGACAAUCAGUGUCAUUUGUUUGCAGACAUGGAUCCGGAUCAACCCGCGUCUGCUAUCGUUAGUUUCGUGAAUAAAGUAUUUUCGUCUAUUUCAAUGAAACAAAACAUCGUUUAGCUCGGAAAUGGAUAGCUAGGUCUAACUAACAAAUUUCUUCACAAAUAAAACGUAUCGCAUUGCGCAUAUACUAUUAAUUAACAACUAGUCGGUUUAUGAAAGUGCUGGACGAAUGUGUUUUGUGUUCUCCAGAUGUAUAUAAGUGUAAAGUGUGCCUGAGUUCGAAUAGUAAUUAUUUAUAGGCAGCUAAAACAAUAAUGAAACUAUAAGAUUAUUGAUCCAUAUACAAUCAAGUUACAUUGAAAAUACUUAUAGAGAAACUGAAGUGCUUUACAUAUUGUAAAUAUAUGAAGCAACUUGCAAGAUGCGUUGAAAUAAAGCUUUAUUUUUAUGUCGAUUAUGACUGAAUUCAUAAUCUUUAAAAAUACUUUAAGCAUGUGUAUGUUCAGUUGGCUAGCAAAUCAAUCCGUACUAGAGCUUUGACAAUCAUUCUAUUUACUAAUUAAACGACAAGAAGUAAUUUCACAUAUACAUAAUUAAAUUAAAUAAUUAAAAUCAUUUUUGUUUAAUGUUAACGAUAUUACUCCCUGAAAUUUGUUAGUGCUGCGAACUAAUAAUGUGUUGUGUAGAUGAAAUUUAUGAAAGUCAAAAUAUGUAAAACUAUCGUUAUAGAUAUAAUAUUUUAUUGAUUACUAAUGGUUUUAAUUACAAAAUUAAAUCAAAUUAUUAUAAUAAAUAUAUACAUAUUACUUUGUAUUUAUUAGUUAUAUUGUAUUAGCUACUAACUUAAUUUGAGCAAAUAAAGUAUUUCGUAAAACGUG